GUAGGGUUCGCAGAUGGAUAGAUACAUGUGCACGAGGCGAAUGUGAAAAGAAGUUUGCGUAAUGCAUUUAUUCAGUUUGCGGUUAAAGAAAUAAAAGGAGGGGAGAAAAAAUAUUAUGGAUGAAGAAAAUCGAGCAGAUCCCCCGAACUGGAUAAAGCAGCACGCCGUAUAUCAAGAGUUGAUGCAUUUAGAUGUCGGAGACAGUGCUCAAGUAUAUGGCUUUCUGGUGUACAUGGACCUGACGGAAGUGCGUAAAUGGACAGAGGUGGUUGGAGUUCCCUGUCCGGAGUUACAGGCGGUUCUUCUGGAGGCUCGAGAGAAGGAAGGAGAAACAGUCCAGAUGAUCUACCCUCUGCCUUCACACAGAUCCAUCAGACACAGAGAGUAGGACACA